AUGAAUCUUCAAGGUGCAAUCGACUCGAUGGAUAAGUCCGUUCUCCUUACCACGUUGGCCCACCAAGGAAUGCCCCAGAAGUUUGUGAACAUAAUCCAUCAUCGUCUGCUCCUGCCCAGUACGAACUUCCAACUGAAACGCACACACCGAGUUACUUGGAGGUCACCUGCCACAAGACAGUCAUGA